GCUCUGGGCUCUGCGCUCUGCGCUCCGCCGCCUCCAUGGAGCGCCGGCCGCGCCGCCUCUGAUGCCCGGCCCGGCGCGCACCAUGGGGCCGCUGUGGUUCUGCUGCCUGCCCCUCGCCCUCCUGCCCCUGCUCGCCGCCGUGGAAGAGACACUGAUGGACUCCACCACGGCGACAGCAGAGCUGGGCUGGACGGUGCAUCCUCCCUCAGGGUGGGAAGAGGUGAGUGGGUACGAUGAGAACAUGAACACCAUCCGCACCUACCAGGUGUGCAACGUCUUUGAGUCCAGCCAGAACAACUGGCUCCGCACCAAGUACAUCCGCAGGCGAGGAGCACACCGCAUCCACGUGGAGAUGAAAUUCUCUGUCCGGGACUGCAGCAGCAUCCCAAAUGUCCCAGGCUCCUGUAAGGAGACUUUUAACCUCUACUAUUUCGAGUCAGACUUGGACUCGGCCACCAAGACUUUUCCUAACUGGAUGGAGAAUCCUUGGAUGAAGGUGGACACGAUCGCUGCUGACGAGAGCUUCUCACAGGUGGACUUAGGUGGACGGGUGAUGAAGAUCAACACCGAGGUGCGCAGUUUUGGACCCGUCUCCAAGAACGGUUUCUACCUGGCCUUCCAGGACUAUGGGGGCUGCAUGUCCCUGAUUGCCGUCCGUGUCUUCUACCGCAAAUGUCCCCGUGUGAUCCAGAAUGGGGCCGUCUUCCAGGAAACCCUGUCGGGAGCAGAGAGCACCUCGCUGGUGGCAGCCAGGGGCACGUGCAUUGCCAAUGCAGAGGAGGUGGACGUGCCCAUCAAGCUGUACUGCAACGGUGACGGCGAGUGGCUGGUGCCCAUUGGCCGCUGCAUGUGCCGCGCCGGCUACGAGUCCGUGGAGAACGGGACCGUCUGCAGAGGCUGUCCCUCAGGAACAUUCAAGGCCAGCCAGGGGGAUGAAGGGUGCGUCCACUGCCCCAUCAACAGCCGGACAACCUCGGAAGGGGCCACAAACUGCGUGUGCCGGAAUGGAUAUUACCGGGCAGAUGCCGACCCCGUGGACAUGCCGUGCACCACCAUCCCGUCCGCCCCGCAGGCCGUGAUCUCCAGCGUGAACGAGACGUCGCUGAUGCUGGAGUGGAGCCCCCCGCGGGACUCGGGGGGCCGCGAGGACCUGGUGUACAACAUCAUCUGCAAGAGCUGCGGGGCCGGCCGCGGGGCCUGCACGCGCUGCGGGGACAACGUGCAGUUCGCCCCGCGCCAGCUGGGCCUCACCGAGCCCCGCAUCUACAUCAGCGACCUGCUGGCCCACACCCAGUACACCUUCGAGAUCCAGGCCGUCAACGGCGUCACCGACCAGAGCCCCUUCUCCCCGCAGUUCGCCUCUGUGAACAUCACCACCAACCAGGCCGCCCCUUCUGCCGUGUCCAUCAUGCACCAGGUGAGCCGCACCGUGGACAGCAUCACCCUGUCCUGGUCCCAGCCCGACCAGCCCAACGGAGUCAUCCUGGACUAUGAGCUGCAGUACUACGAGAAGGAUCUGAGUGAGUUGAACUCGACCACAGUGAAGAGCCCCACCAACACUGUGGCAGUGCAGAACCUCAAGGCUGGCACCAUCUACGUGUUCCAGGUGCGGGCGCGCACCGUGGCCGGCUACGGCCGCUACAGUGGGAAGAUGUAUUUCCAGACCAUGACUGAAGCCGAGUACCAGACCAGCGUGCAGGAGAAGCUGCCGCUCAUCAUCGGCUCCUCGGCGGCGGGGCUGGUGUUCCUCAUCGCCGUGGUGGUCAUCGGCAUCGUGUGCAGCAGAAGACGGGGCUUCGAGCGGGCUGACUCGGAGUACACGGACAAGCUGCAGCACUACACCAGUGGCCACAGUACGUACCGGGGGCCCCCCCCGGCCCUGGGGGGCCGCUCGCUGCUCGUGACUCCAGGGAUGAAGAUUUAUAUCGAUCCUUUCACCUACGAAGAUCCCAAUGAGGCUGUCAGGGAAUUUGCAAAAGAAAUCGAUAUCUCUUGUGUCAAAAUUGAGCAGGUGAUUGGGGCAGGGGAGUUUGGUGAGGUGUGCAGUGGGCAUCUCAAGCUUCCAGGCAAAAGGGAGAUCUUUGUGGCCAUCAAGACCCUCAAGUCUGGCUACACGGAGAAGCAGAGACGGGACUUCCUGAGUGAGGCCAGCAUCAUGGGGCAGUUCGACCACCCCAACGUCAUCCACCUGGAGGGGGUGGUCACCAAGAGCUCUCCAGUCAUGAUCAUCACUGAGUUCAUGGAGAAUGGCUCACUGGACUCCUUCCUGCGGCAAAACGACGGGCAGUUCACGGUGAUCCAGCUGGUGGGCAUGCUGCGGGGCAUCGCCGCGGGCAUGAAGUACCUGGCGGACAUGAACUACGUGCACCGGGACCUGGCUGCCCGCAACAUCCUGGUCAACAGCAACCUGGUGUGCAAGGUGUCUGACUUCGGCCUCUCCCGCUUCCUGGAGGACGACACCUCCGACCCCACCUACACCAGUGCUCUGGGUGGGAAGAUCCCGAUCCGAUGGACGGCACCUGAGGCCAUCCAGUACCGAAAGUUCACCUCAGCCAGUGACGUGUGGAGCUAUGGAAUUGUCAUGUGGGAGGUGAUGUCCUAUGGAGAGCGGCCCUACUGGGACAUGACCAACCAGGAUGUGAUAAAUGCCAUUGAGCAGGACUAUCGGCUGCCACCACCCAUGGACUGCCCAAAUGCCCUUCACCAGCUGAUGCUGGACUGCUGGCAGAAGGAUCGGAACCACAGGCCCAAAUUUGGGCAAAUUGUCAACACCUUGGAUAAAAUGAUCCGAAAUCCAAACAGCCUGAAAGCCAUGGCACCUCUCUCCUCUGGGAUGAACCUCCCCCUCCUUGACCGCACAAUCCCGGAUUACACCAGCUUCAACACUGUGGAUGAAUGGCUGGAUGCCAUCAAGAUGAGCCAGUACAAGGAGAGCUUUGCCAGUGCUGGUUUCACCACCUUUGAUGUAGUAUCUCAGAUGACUGUAGAGGACAUUCUGCGAGUCGGGGUCACUUUAGCAGGACACCAGAAGAAAAUUUUGAACAGUAUCCAGGUGAUGAGAGCACAGAUGAACCAAAUCCAGUCUGUGGAGGUUUGAUGGCUGCCUGUCCUCCCACUCCUCCUCCUCGAGGCCCUGCUCCCCUUUGCCCCUGUGUGUCCAAGCUCCAGUUCCUGAGUGUUCUGCAUGGACCUGAGACAGGCAGCUGCUCUGAGGAUCACGGCAGCAGGAGGGAAUACCCUGUCCUCAACAAUGAGAAGUUGCCAAGAGCUUCUAGAAUUUAAGCAAUGGAAAAAGGGAACAAAAAAAAAAAAAAAAAAAAGACAACUAUUUUGAAAAAAACAAACAAACUACAAAAUAUUUUUAAAUAAUAAUAAAGCAAUUGCAUUCUUGAAAAGGGCUCCAAGACCAAUGGGAGUCUCCAAAGGAAGAGAAAAGAGCAGCUUCAUGUUUCCUCUUGCACAAGGCUGCUGCAGCUGGACCCAGGCACCUCUGGAGCAGUGGGACUUCUCCAGGAAGAGGAAUGCAAGGAAAGGCCACGAGAAGCACAUCUCUUCCUCCCAUGGCUCUGGGAAUGCUGUGAGCCAGGCCCUUCCCCAGAGCCCCUGUGAGCAGAUCAGAGGGGGAGAGCUGAAGCUCUUUGGUGCUGUGAAACCAAGUGCAUCUCAGAAACUGAUGGACUCCUUCAAAAGCUGAAGACUUUUUUUUUUUAAAAAAACAAAACAAAACAAAACCACAACAAAUAAAGUAAGACUAGAGGAGGCUGUUUCCAACAAAUGAGAAGGAAUCUGUAACGCCUGGGGGGGUGGGGAUGGGGAAAACCAAUCCUUUUUACAUCUCUUAUUUUCUCUUGUCAUGGAACAGUUUUGUGAGUGACAGUUUCCUAAGGGUCCGUCCAUCCACCCUCCAAUGGCAUCGUGUCUCAUACAUAUCAUUGCUCAAGACUUUAGUGAUAUCCUUUCUAGAUGCCAAUGAUCUUUUCCCAGAAGACUUCCCAAGUACAGUAUGUAGUAGUUUUUGAUUACAAAUGCUGACGUGUACCUUUAUUUUUCGGUUGUCACUGUUGGGAGAUUUGUCCUUUUACAUUGUUUUGUUAACAUCAGUUUGUGAGUUUGGGGUUGGAAAUUUUCGGUUGGUUGGGGGUUUGGUUUUUUUUUAAUGAAAAAGAAAUGACAUCUCCAAGCAUCAUAUCAUCCAAGAACUUAAAUCCCUUCCCUGUGGAAGGAAAAAUUGCAGCUUAUUGACCAUAUGCCAGGAGAAAAAGGUUUUUUAUAUGCACA